AUGUUUGCUCGAUUCUCCCGAUGGUAUCUAAACAUGUUAGAGACGAGACCCAUUCUCACCAAAUCCGUCUCAUCGUCCAUUCUGGUCGGAUUGGGAGAUGUUCUCACUCAAACUCUUGAACAUGAUCAUCAUAAACAUCCUUCAUCAUCAUCCAAUACAACCACAUCAACAACCUCUUUCACUUUGGAUUAUGUGAGAACUUUGAAAAUGGCAAGCUUUGGUAUCGUUUUAAUUGGUCCAACACUUCACUUGUGGUACAAAUUCUUGGAUCGUUUUGUUGCUAAAAAGUAUCCUGUCGGGUAUAUUCUUUCAAAAACAGAAAGAACUCUCAAUGCUGCAAGACAAAUGUUCGUCGAUCAAACCAUAUUUGCUCCUUUUGCCUUAUUUCAAUUUUUAGCAUAUAUGGGUACUAUUGAAGGUAAAAGCUUUGAUUCCAUUCUUGAAAAGAUGAAACAAGACAUGUGGCCAACAUUGAUUGUCAAUUGGUAUAUUUGGCCAGCGGUUCAAAUGUUAAAUUUCACUCUAGUACCAUUACAAUAUCGAGUAUUGUUUGUGAAUAGUGUUUCAAUAUUAUGGAAUGCUUAUUUGAGUCAUGUACAGCAUAAAGCAUGA